CACCUACUUCUGUGCAAAGCCAUGAGAGAGAAACAGGCAGAACAACAAAACGGAACAUUGGAAUAAGAUGGAGUAGGCACUCCUAACUGAGGUCCAAGAAUGUCACAGAAACUCUUGAAAGAAGAAUUUGUAAGUAAUCUGAAUGGCACAACCUUGCUUGAGAUUUCCAUCGGUUUAACCCUAGCACCGUUAUGUCUACUGUCCAGAGGACUGCUGUUGAUCUUGUAUUUUCUUCACUAUGGAAGACCUUUGAGUUCAAAGAAUGCCCAUUUUUUCCUGGACUUCACUGUUUUAGUGGUCCCUCCUGUGUUCUGCUGUACAGUUCUAGCUACCAUCCUUCCCUGGGUGAUACUUUCCAUUAUGGCAUUCUGUGCAGGUCUGGUUUAUAACAUAUACUGUAGACGAAUGACUCACAUCAAAGUGCCACUUCAGCAAAUCCUAAGUGACUUUCUGAGCACAGGGUUAGAUCCGGAAUAUAUUCCUUCCAUAACAGUCUUCCGAGUGUACGUCAACGUGUUAACGUCCAUCAGCAUUCUGGCCGUGGAUUUCCCACAGUACCCCCGCCGAUAUGCCAAAACAGAGACAUUUGGAACAGGAGUGAUGGAUUUGGGGGUUGGAUCUUUUGUUUUUGGCAAUGCUGUGGUUUGUCCUGAAGUCCGGAUGAAACCGGGUGCUGUGCAAAGCAAGUUUUUCUACAUCACGAGGCAGUUCUUUGCUGUGUGGCCUCUGCUGUUCCUUGGCUUUGGCCGACUGAUGAGCGUUAAGGGAGUAGAGUACCACGAACACGUAUCAGAAUAUGGCGCACACUGGAACUUCUUCUUCACUUUAGCCAUCGUGCGAAUGGCAGCAUCGUUGCUCUUGACUUUAUUUCCUGUGCGAAAAGCGUGGCUAAUAGCCGUAAUGCUUGCUGUAGUGUAUGAAUGUUUUCUCACCUUUACGCCCCUGAAGGCGUUUAUCUUGCAUGGGAGUGAUGGGCAAGGCUCAAGGGCUGGGUUUUUAAAUGCCAACAGAGAGGGGGUCUUUUCUGUCAUUGGCUACCUUGCUAUCUACAUGGCAAGUGUUCAAGUGGGCUUGUAUUUGAUAAAGAAAAGAGGCUCUGUCCAGGAGUGGGUUGGAGUGAUGUACAGGAUCCUGUGGGCGAUUCUCAUCCUCUUUUUAUUUCUCGGUGUAAUUCAGACAUAUGUCGAAACUGUAUCCCGACGGAUGGCAAAUCUCUCGUUCUGCAUCUGGGUUGUCGCUCACGGCCUGUCACUCUUUAGCUUAUUUUUAGCAGCUGAUCUUGUUUUGGUGUUUGCAAAACUUCUGGUAGACGGGGUGACUGUUCCUUGCAGCUGGAAUAUUGCCCAGACAUCUGUAACAAAUAAAAAACGUGAUCUGGAACCCCAGGAUGGACCAGUGCCACCCCGAAGUACGUGCAUGGUCAGUGCUGUUAACAAAAACCAGCUGCUUUAUUUCUUGCUAGCAAAUGUCUUGACUGGCCUUGUGAAUGUGAUGGUUGAUACGAUUCAUAGUAACGCAAUCUUGGCCAUGUUUGUUCUGCAUGUGUACAUGCUUACAAACUGUCUCGUUAUGCAUAUAUUGCAAGCAAAAAAUGUCAUCUUAAAGUGGUGGUAAUUUAUAGACAUAAAUUGCAGGUUAUGAAAAGCAUGCAUUUCCUACAAUACAUGAAUGUUUGCAAAAGGACUGGAAACUUCUUAUUUAAGGGUUUUUAAAGAUCCCAGUGCUGAAACUUGGGGACCAGGCCAUUAAAAUCAAAGUGUAUUCAUGUCAA